AUGGUUUCAAAAAGCAAAAAAAAGUUGGAUGCUUCUCAUUCUAGUGAAUUAAAUGUUUCCUUUAAGACAAAUCUUUAUCAAAAACAAAAUCAGUAUGAUGAAAAAAUUAAGGAAAAUGCAAAUUUUUUUGAUAGUGUAAGAUACAGACUUAUCGACUACAGUAGUGAUGUAUUACUUAAUGUAAUCACAAGUAAUCUACCAGACGAGUUUCUUGACACAAAUUAUAAAGAAUUUAUGAGCCAAAUAUCUGGUUCAAGUUUUCAUAACUUUAAAUUAAAUGAUACUUUAGCUGCUAUUCAAAAAUUAAGAAACAAAGUUACAAGUGGAAGUGCUUCAGAAGAAGAAAUUAAAAAAUAUAAAGAAGUUAAGAAACUUUUAUAA